CGAAGAAGGACGAUGAGGAAGUACUGUUGGAGUUCAAGCUUCACUUUUCGAUGUUGGAGAUGCACUCUCCUGCGCUAUUGUUACAUAUGAUGUAACGCCGCUGCUAGAACUCUGUUUGACAAUGCCAUGGGUAAUUGCUGGGCAUUCUGUGUAGGCUUCUUCAGAAAAGAAGCUAACAGGAUCCAAAGAGGAGGAGGGUCCAAAUACUUCCGCAGCAGCACUGCAGGGGAGCAUUAUACUAUAGAGUUUGAAAAUCUUGUAGAAAGUGACGAGGAUGAAAGCCCAAAGCCUUGUCCUAGGCCCAUCAGCGAGGAUGAAAUCAAGCACCUGCGUGAGCAUCGAUACACCGCCAUCUCCAACAAGCAGGUCCUGAUAGACCGGCAGCUUCAAGCAGAGUUAGAGGCACAAGAGGAGAGGUUGAGGCUAGAAGAGGAGGCUAGAAAUGCUGCUCAGCGCGAGGCUGCCAGGUUGGCACGUGAACGAAAAAUGAAGGAGCUGGCCACGCAGAGGACGAGGGGGACAGCAGAUGGCUGUGGCAGCGAACCUCAACAGAGAAAACAAGCUGGUGAUGGUUUUGACCCCUCCCUCCAGAAUGUCAAGGCCCAGUCAGAUGCCUUCAGAAGCAAUAGACUUCCCUCGGACACAAACGUAGUGACUCCUAACACAGAGAGCAGCUGGGAUUUCACCGCCAAGACUCGCUCCACCAAUGAUGACGGCACCUCACUGGAUCUAGAGUGGGAGGAUGAGGAAGGAAUCAACCGAGCCCUUCCAGCCUGGGAGAGGUCCCGGACAGAAGAGGACAUUCUGCGUGCAGCCUUGAGGCCCGGCGGGAAGCAAGCGCACAGCGGUCCAACCUCUACCUCUGAGGACUCCAACGCGCUGGAGUGGGAGAAUGAUUUUGUGAGUACCCACCCAGAGGACAACAUGGACCCGGAAUUUGAGGGUUUUGUCAAUCCAGUGUUGGACACUCCCUCCGAGGACGCCGAGGACUAUGGCCUCAGGUCGGACGGCCAGGACAGAUAGUCUCUAGCACAAAGUGAGACCUCCUCACAUCACAGCUCACCAGCUUUGUUUUUCCCUCUCAUGAAAGAAAUGUACUUCACUGAUCUUCAUUUGAAAUAAUGUGGUAGAAGGAUCCUGCACUUGGCCCUGUAAACCAAAUCAGACUUUUUCAGUGCCUUCAUCGCUGAACGUCUUAUGUAUUGUAUCUGAUCAAGCCCCAUCCUGUGACCUUGGGAAGAGUAUCUUUCUUUCAGUGUUCACUGCCCAUUUCAUCACGCAUAGAAUUGCCAAAUUAUUCUCAAGUAAUACUUGCUCCGAAAGAUCUGAGGAUCUUUACAGCUCCGUUUUUCCAUACUGUAUCAUCAAAGGUGGUCAUGCUGGUGGUCCUUGGGUACCAACAAGUUAGUUCCAAGACGCUUUCCUAUUCUUUGGUGCAGUGCGGCUUGGGAGACAUAAUGAAGUAUAAGAAGUUGUCUCAUAAAUGAUGUUAUUCUUUCUCGGCGAGGCUGAGCGUGCACACACUGUAUCCUUCCGGCCAGCACGAGGCGCGAACUGCAUUCUUGGGCUGUGUGCAGCGUGUAUUCUUCCACCAUGCUCUAACCACGACUAGUCUCCUGUUUGUGGGCCAAAAUGAACCUUUUGAUGAGUAUACGAGGGGGCAUUCUUAAACACGAAAUGCUGUAAACUGAGGCCCACCUGGAAUGAAAUAAUGACUAAACCCAUGGAACUGGAACGACUACUUCUUGAUGCUAACCAGUCAGAAGAAUGACAGCUUUUUGAUGGUGCCAAAUACAAGUAGUGUAUUGCAUGAGAAGUAUCGUUUCUUCUGCAUCUCAAAGCUUUUGCACCACACGAUCAUUGUGACAGUUGCUGACAAGCUGUCAUGCGCCUGGCUUGCAGAAAUCCUUAUAAUGGUCUUUUUUUAACAUUUCUUGUCGAUCUCUGCUUAUGAAUUCACCUUCCAUAUUUAAUUGAAUGUAUCCUCCUAUCAAAGCAAAUGAUCUCCUUUUUUGGACAGUGAACCUAAUUCUAAUUAUGUACAUUAGCCAUCAAUAUAAUUGGUAGUGUUUAAGGGUUAUUAAUGCAAGCAAUUCAAGGUAAACGUCAUAUCAAAGGGUCUGAACCAGAACUAUACCUAUGACUGUCUUACUGAAAGCAAUAUUUCAGUCGGCACAGGACCAAAGACUUAAACUGGGUUCUUUUUUCAACUCCUGCUCCCCUAACUGAUUUGUAAUUAUUUAGAUGAUUUUAUACUAAUAUUUGACAUCUAACAUCUUUAUUUUGUUGUUGCUUUCAUUCUACCAUUUCCAAAUGUGUUGUACUGUCACAGAUUGAUCUGCAGCUCUAACAUGACCCCUGGCUCACACUGCAUCGGUCGCGGCUCCGAUGGGGGCUCACACUAGCUUCGUGCGGUGCAGCUCUGUCGCCGGUGGCCUUACGGCACAACGGACACGAUCCGUUUGGUGUCUGUUUUUCAGACACUGUGGGUUUCCGCAAGCCCAGUGUGAGUGGCACUUUGGAGCAAGCCGGAUCAGGACCGGAGCCCGGGGUGAUGUUUUUUUAGGCCAGUGUGUCAUUUGUAUAACUUUAUUUUCACAAAGAGCCUAAAAUGGCAUGUAUUUAUUGAAUGACUGGAAUUGACUCUGUUAUGGGCUCGCCAUUAAAGCCGGAACUUA